AUGGAGGUGCGCCUCACGAGUGUUGUGCAGUUCUUCGAGAAGACACGAGAGACCAGCUUGGACAAGGUGAUUGUCACAGAUCUUCUUGGCUUGUCAGAGGCUUUGGUCUCCAGCAAUGAGGCGACGCCACCUACGCUGUCGGCGGUGGACAGCGUACAAGCUCCACUGGGCAGUUUUCACGAGAGCAGUGCUGUGCUGACAUCCAACGUCCUCACAAAGACGGUCAAGACUUUCAAUGACAUGCAGGGUGCGACUGCCAGCCAUCUCUUUGACGACACCAUGAUGUACUGGUAUCUCAAACGCAACGUCUUUCAGAGCUUGGCAGAUUUCUUUGAGCACAAGGUGGCGCUGUAUAUGCGAUUUGAUAGGGACCAGCUGCGACAGCUAAAAAGCUGCCAACUCCAGGUGGGCCUGGUGAACGAAGCUAUGUUCAAUCUGGUCAAGGACGACAUCAAGGAGGAUCGGCGAUUGUUUGCAGCGUUUCCCUUUCUGAAGUCGAAUCCGUUCUGUUGGCGGCCAGACAACUGGAAUCCCAUCACACAUCGGUUUUCUCCCGGCACGGAUGCAAGCGUCACGGCAAAUCUUGUCACAUUGCAGGCAACCAUGCGAUUAGACGAGUUGCUGCAGUUCGUCUUUGCCACAGGUUGGACACUGCCCCAGGCGCCAUCUUCAGCCGACAUCAACUUGAGGCUGAGGACGAAGCUUGCUGGCGAGUGCGAUGCCUACGAGGAUUUCCAAGCAUCGUGUUCAGCGUGCAGCCACUUUCCUUGCCAAAAUGGUGGGAACUGCACAGACCUACCCGGAUUCAAGUACCAGUGCAGCUGCAGGGAAGGUUUCUUCGGGGAGGAUUGUUCGGAGACAGAUGUUUUCGGGACUCAGCGGCGACUCAAUGUGAUGGAGGAUUUCACCUGCAACUCUACGCAGGCCGAGUCCGAAUACCCAGACGGAAAGUUCUGGUGUCAGUGUCGAAACGGCUCUGAAGUUCUAAUUAGGUCCAACUUGAUGGCAGUGAUACAAAGCUGGGGCAUCUUCUUCAAUUAUGUGACCAACUUCAACAACAGCUACUCCGAGAUAACGUGUGCAGAUGCAACUAUGACGGUGAAGACGACUUCGAGCCAGAAUGCCUUUGCCACCAGUCUGAGGACGGCAGCGGCUCCGAAUGCGUCACAGGACGAGUUGUACAUUCAGCAAAAGGACUGGGGAAGCGGGUUCGGGACAGCCCCACCCUUCUACUUGAUGCUUUCGGGCCUUGCUGGUAUCGAGAGGAUUCUGAUCAGCGAGAUCCAGGUUCCCAGCUCGAAUUCCACCGAUCCCUUCGUGCUGCACACUUUCCGGGGCCUUGACAGCGGAUUCCGUCUAAAGUUCGACCUGGAGGAUCCAGGCGAUCCGCCUGCCACCCCAUCCACCAAGUGGAUCUGUCACGCGAGGCUCUACAACGAUGGCAGGCAAUGCGAUUGUCGAUGCGGGAUGCCGGACCCAGACUGCUUGUAUCCAAAUUUGGCGGUGAAGAACUGUGGGCAUGGCGAGGUGUGCUCAAGGAUGGGACGGUGCACGACACCGGAGGCCUCUGCAGGUCUUUCAGAUGCUACACGGGUGUAUGUAUCUGAACCGUGCACCCAGUUGUUCCUCCCUGGCAGUACCGACCUGGCGGGCUUCAUGGGCACAGAGGAGGAGUAUCGGAACGCGAGUGGCGGUGGUUGUCCUACUUGUCCGCACGAGCCCGGCGAUUUGUAUGGCGGUGCAGCAUCUUUGAGCGAGAACUGCGAUGACAACGGUCAGUGCCUCCAGGAGUUCAUGUGCCGAUACAAGGCUGAAGGCUUCAUUGAUGCUCGGUUGGUGAAGCAGUUCGACGAGUACCUCGAAGGAGCUGGUGAGUUGUUUGACCCUACCAGACGGGGCUUUUACACUUUAGAGGGUGGUGCGACGAAUGCAAGCAACGCAUACCGCCUCGUGGUUGUGAAGCUAGGAAGCAGGAGUCCGUUUCCCUUUGGCAACGAUGUUGCCGCAUACAAGUUGGACAUCAACCAGGAUUGUGGUGGCACCGCAUGUGGGAACAAAGAGAUCAUAGAGGUAGUCCGAGCAGGAGCACCCGAUCGGAGCAACAGACAGGUCUUGAUGGUCAGAGCCCUGGCUCCAAGUGGGUUUCAGAAGCAACACUUCUCAAUUGGCAGUGUGAUCUCGGCUUUGUCGGAGAGCUCGACGGACGUCAUUGUGGAACUGAGCAAGGACAAGUAUCACUUCCCGAUCAGCGGACCGUUCCAGGGCCAGUUGGAUGCAAUUGGGAUUCAAUUUCAACAAUCCUCCGCGACACAGACCAAGAAGAUCCAGCGCCUCCUUCUGGAAACACCCCUUGAGCUAACGGCCGGCGUUCGCACCAGUAUAGUUCAAGAUGUACCUCAAGGUAUGAAUCCAGACGCCAGCCUCCAUCCGAAAGCUGCCUUUGACGAUGCGGUGACGAUCGCCUCCCAUCCAUGGUAUGGGGCGACAGUAGUCUCGAAUCAGCUGGACAUGUACAGCUGGGAAUGGCCCAUGGUUGACCUGCUUGGUCUGGGAGCUAUCCAGUCGACAUCCUCGCUGGCCUUUACCUUGAACACAUCAGAGUUUGUCGACGAAGACAGGGGCAAUGGGUGCUCGGAGGCAUAUAUGGAGAACACGUCGACGAUGAAAUGGGUGAAGGUUGAUGACGCCUGGCAGGGGCUUUUUGGAUCUGAGGUCACGCCUGACAUGCUUUGUGACGGAAUUCAUGACGGGCAUGCAUUGGUGACGGAUCAGGGUAUCACAGAGGCUUUGGCUUCAGCAACGGACCGCAACAAGUCUCUCAUUCUUCUCAUUCGUGACAUAACAGGCACGCAAGUGACGAACUUCGAGAUCCGCGAGGUGGUAAAUGCAUGGAAGUACAGGGCACCGGUGUGGUGGCCGGAUGACCCAGAAAGUUGCUGGCUCACGAAUGACUCCAUGGUUGCCACGGAUCAUUGUUCCUGCAAAGACGACUGCCGGUGCAUGCCAGGGUGUUCCGAGGCAGACUGCUCGACGGACAAUGUUUCACAGAGAAGCUUCACUUGCGCCUACAGCGGUGUUGCCGCAAACAUGACUGAGAGGAUCCAAGUCAGGGGAUCGCUUCGCUGGCUACCGGAGGACUGGUCUUGUGGUGGUGAUGCCCUGGCAACAAGCUCUUAUUUUGCAGAUGGAACCUGUGAUUGUGGAUGUGCGAGAUACGAUCCAGACUGCGCAGGGUUGUCCGGCAAUCCACAGGCCUUCGCGGAAGAAAUUGAUGGUGGCAACGGAAGUGUCCGAAACUACUGUGCCAACGAGGCAGCCUUGCUGGGAACCGACGGUUGGAACACUACAGUCACAUCGGCUGGGUGCCAGGGUUUCUUCUUCAUCCAGUUGCAUGCUUCCUCAACUGCACCCAGAAGAUGGUAUCCGACUGGAGUCUGUCGAAGGGAAGAAGAUGUAUCACUCAUGUUGCAGUUUGACGCAACUUGUGCAUACGACGACGCUUCGGAGUUCCAAGCUGAUCGAAGCAUCAUACUACGCGUAAAAGACGUCAGUCUUGGAGAAAACUGCGCAAACUACACUGAUGCUGAUGCGAGGUGCGCAUGGGGCAGUGUUUCCGAGGCCAAGUACCACUGCAGCCGCUUGGAACUUUGCAAGGCUGUCUACUGUGAUACCAACAUGUGCUUUGCUGCCACCAGCACCAACAUGAGCUUCUGGACAGUGCCACCUCCAUCCGUGGAUGACAACUCAUCGUCAACAGCAAGUGCUUGGUUCAAAUCAGAUCCUGCUUGCCAUUCAGCUCUGGCCUGGGUACUGGCUCAAAACAGCUCUCAGACCUGUGCAGAGGCUUGCGAAGCUCGAGGUGACGUUUGCGACGAGAUCGCCUUGAAUCUGAUCGACACUCCGGAAGAGAUGAACUUCUUAAAUGAGCAGGUAAACCUGUCCUGCCUCAGCUUCACGAACCACUCAUUUGGCAAUGCGCCUGGCAUUUGCACGAACAGCUCCUGCUGCGGUGGUGAUUGUGCUGGCCAAUGUGUGUUUGGUCACACGGGUACGAAGAGAAGUUGUGGUUCCAGUGCUGGCGACCAUGAUGGUCUUCUCCGGAUUUGCCCUUGCGGUCCUUCCGGACAGGUCACAGAGACUGCUGUGAAUUGGACGGUGACGGCUCAUGUCCCUGAGCUUCCAGACUUCGGAGAGGCGAGGCCUGUGGUCGUGGGUGAGGAGCUGGAGCUCGGCAUGCUCCAGGCGGUUCUGUCACGGCAGAUUCUGCUGGACAACACCUCUUCUAGAUACAGCCGCUACGUGAGCAUCCGAAAUGGUUCAUGGCCGUACUCUGCGGCCAAUACAAGCGGUUGGGCUUCGGAUUGGGCCUCCAAUGAGGUGGGGCUCAGGGCCUUAUCCUUCAAUUUUACUCCGGACGUCAAUGCAUCAGCGCCGACGUCCAGCUGGCACAUGACAUGGAGGUACGUGCUUCAGACCGGACGUGUAGUCAGCUCCGUGUGCCCUUCACGCUUUGGUACCUCAUGUUCCUUUACGCCAGCACACGUUUUCAUCAAUGGCGUCCUGGUCGAAACGAUUCGAUUUUGGGCGGUGGCCGAGUCAUCGGUGGAACUCGACAGCUGGGUUGCCAGUGAGGACGUGGUCAGCAGCAGCGACACCUGUAUUGGAUGCAAAAAUAUGACGGUAGCGAUUUCUUUGAAGAACAACGGGGCCAACGAGGUCAACAUCGUCCUGGAGGAAUCUGAAGAUGCCACAGAGGCCAGCUACAGCUUGAGCGUGCAGCAGCUGAAUUUCUUGCCAACCUGCCAAGUGGCCACGCAGGAUACGUGGAAAUAUCGCUUCUGCAAGCCGUAUGACGCUACGCCGACUUGGGACAAGUCCAAGAUUAGACAGACAUCGCUGUAUCUUUGGCAGCGGGAGAGACUGGAGGUGCUCACAUUUGCAGCACCAGUGCGAUUGAAGCACGACCGUGGCACAGUGGUUGAGACCGUGGUAAUGUCGCCUACAGUGGAUGCCAACCCUCUGGACUUCGGCGACGCUGCAUUCUUCGACUUGGUGGAUUUCGGGAUUCAAAACGGAAGCGGCACGGAGAAUGCCACAGGUUCCCGAAGGCUAGACUACACUAGUGGACUCAUUUGGCGGUCGCCAGCUCAAGACAGCCUUGAUUUAGAGGAGAAAGGGUCGACAGAAGAUCUGCGCAUUUUUAGCUCCUACCACGCACAGCGUCCAGGCAGUGCUGCUGAGGCGCUUGGUCGUAUGGCUUCCGCAGACGAGGUCCCCCCGGAUGUGGUGGGUGCAGCAGUGAUGGACGGAAGCGGUGAAGUUCGCCUGGUAUUCACUGAAUGGGUCGUCAAGGCCAAGCUAUCCUCGAUGAUGGCUUCUUUACGAGUAAUGCCACAAGACAGGCUGCGAACCCAUGACAUGAGGCUGAUGCAGGUAGAUCUGAUGAAGCGGGGCAAGGUUUUCGUGGAAGGCAGAAGGAAGUCCGCAAUCAUACACAUCCGUGACCAGCUCUUGGAAGCUGGAUGUGUCCCAGAAAGUUUUACGGGAUGCCAGGCAGUGCUCGAUCUGCCUGAGGGUGCCUUCCUGGAUCGCAACAGGAAUCCCUCGAAGCCGUGCUCCGUAUUGAUUGAGAACCUCUUGAUCAUCGGCACCGCGAUGCCGGAGGUUCAACAAGAUCGGAGAUUGCAAGCAGCAGAGGAUGCACCUCGCGAUGACGGAGCAUAUGUUUCAGACCCUGACAGUGCAGAUGUGGCCCUGGUAAGCUCGCUCCAUCAGCUGCUAGAUGCGGAUGGUGAUUCGUUUCUCAGCGCAGCGGAAUUGAGCGGUUUGACUGCAAGCCUCGCCAAGGACCCACGCUGCACACCGGAAAGUGCGUAA